ACUGGGUUGAAGAUAGAAUAGAGUGUCCCAAAAGAGGUACCUUAUAUUUUCCACCGAAAGACCAAAUAGACUAUGAUAAAAUGAAGCCAGAGUCCCGCCAGCCCGAUUUCAGGCAAAACAAACUUUACGGUUUGCAGGGUCAUGUAAAUUCAAUAAUCCGUCACGACAGUCACGAUUCCUGUGUUAACUUCGUUACAACCAACGACCUCGUCUACAAUCAUCUUCCUAAGCCGCUCUGUGGUCCCGAACAGCGCUACUACAAAAGAAGCGCACACCAGUUUUAUCCGCAACCGGAUUUAAUGAAGUGUUUUGAUUAUAAGACUGAAUGGGGCUUAAUGAAGUUUAAGCAGUACGAGUGGGCUUGUACAGAUGUUUCAGAUUAUAUUUCAACUCUAUAUGAAGACACGUACAUUCCUCCACAUCGACAUCAAUACUUACAGAGAAAUGAAAGAAAAGCUCGAAAUUCGAGUUUCACAAAAAGUUUUCGUUUUAAGAUGACAAAAACUAAAUCAUGAUAACAUCAAGAACCAUUUCAUAUUUAUGCAAGUGUUUACUAGUCUUUACAAUAUCACAUUUUGUUCGAGAAGCAGACAGUGACGUCCAUAUAUAAAAAAAUUGUAACAAUAUAAUAAUUCUUAAUGUUUUCAUACAGCCAAUAUCUGGCACCAACACGAGAUCAGCAAGUCUUAAAACUAAUUUUAGUCUCAAACAUUACAACUAAUGGCUUACGACUAACGAUUCUUACAACAUAACAAAAAAAUCACUUAACAUAAUGGCAGUUUAUGAAACUUUACAAAAUGUAUCGAAGAAUAAAAAUAACAUGUUAAAAUAAAAAAUACAUAGAAAUGAAAAGUCAAUAAACUGAAGACAAAAAAAAAUUGGCUAACAAGACACAGCCGCGAUUAGCGAGUUGUGAACUUAUCAACUUGAGGUAGCUUGAUGAGCCCAGACCCGCCGGGGGUUUUGAAGACAUGAACGUGGCUCUGGGGCCGAUGAAUAAAACUAUUCUGAGAAUUCGUCGGUGGAACGAAUCUAGUUUGUGGUAUUUGAACGUGACUAUUGUACUGCAUUUGAGGAAAAAUGGGCGAAUUCAUUCUGGGAAAAAAUUGAGGUUGCGUCUUACUAAAAAAACUCAUAUUUGGGAAACGAUCGAGUUCCAUUGGUUCACUACAGACAGACUCCUCGCACGAUGGCGGCUGCGAAAACAAGUUGCGUUGAUUCAUGCUAGACGUCUGAGAUUCGAAGCCAGAACUUUGGCUCGACGAUCGACUGCCGUUCAAGUCAGUAAUACGUUCACCUUCGGCACCCCAGUAACCACCGGCUACCCAAGAGGUGCCAUGACCUAAUUUGCUGGGUGAUAUGAGUGGUCUCGCGCCUGUCACGGGCCUUGGAGCGACAAAACUUGGAGUAGCAGCAAAUUUACGUAGAGAAAAUAUAGAGUUUGUCUUUUUCUUCGAUUUACUAGGACUACCUAUACACAAGGAACUUAUACUUUCAUCUAACUCCGAGUCGGAAUCGUCUUUUGCUAGUUUUUGAUACUUUUUAAAUAUUGGUUUGGCAAAUACAGUUUCUGGAAUAGA